UGCUGGAAUCGGCACUCAGUUUUCCGAUUGGUGGAAUGUUGCUCAUUCGGCCAAUUACUACUUUUGCUCCGGAAUCCAGAGUGGGGCGCCUUUCCUCCGCUUCGCAGUAAGGGCUUCGUAUGCAACGAGAACGACGCGAGGUUUUGGGGCUCCGCCGAAGCCGAUGGGGCUGCUUCAAUGGCCCGUUUUGCUCCUGCUGGGGCCUGCUGCUUUUCUGCUGGGGGACUGUUCUGGCACUUCCUCCCACUCCUUUCUUGUAUUCUUAACGACUGUAUCAGAGCCUGGCCAGGGACUUCCUCAGUUCACUGCUGUGGGGUAUGUGGAUGACCAGCCCAUUGGUCGCUAUGAGAGUUACACAAAGAAAGUGCUGCCAUCAGUCUCUUGGAUGAAGGAGAUGGAGAAGGAGAGAGCCGAUUAUGGGAAGCGACAGACCCAGAUCUUGCAAAAUGAAGAGCCAGAGUUCAGAGCGAACUUGGUAAUUCUGCAGAAUCGCUUCAACCAGACUAGAGGGAUUCACACCUGGCAGACCAUGUACGGCUGUGAGGUGGGCCCAGAGGGGCGCAGAGGAGGGUAUAUCCAGCACAGCUACAACGGGAGGGACUUCCUCAGCCUCGACAAGGAGACCCUCACCUGGACGGCGGCCCAGCCGGAGGCCCAAGUGACCAAGAGGUCGUGGGAUAGAGACAGGGCUUUUACCCAGCACUGGAAGGCCUCCCUGGAGGAGGAAUGCAUUGAGUGGCUGGAGGGUUACCUGCACUACGGGAAGGAGGUUCUGCAGAGGACAGAGCCACCAGUGGUGAAGGUGACGCGCCAGGCGCACUCAGAUGGCAUGGAGACCCUCGUCUGCCGAGCCCACGGCUUCUACCCCAAGGAGAUCGAUGCUAACUGGAGGAAGGACGGGGAGGUCUGGGAGGAGGGCACCUUCCGUGGCCUCGUCGCCCCCAACUCAGACGGGACUUACCAUGCCUUGGUUGGCAUCCAGAUCAACCCAAAGGACAGGGACCUUUAUCAGUGUCAUGUGGAGCAUGACGGCCUAAAGGAGCCUCUGGAUGUGGCCUGGGAGGAGCCUGCCUCCAACAUAGCACCCAUUAUUGGGUGUGUUCUGGGGGCCAUCCUGCUGGGAGCAGCUGCAAUUGCUGGGAUCAUGUUGUACAGAAAAUGGCAGUCAGGAUUCAAAGAAGUGCCAACAAGUGACCGAGGGUCCGACAACUCCAGCAAGGGGAGCAACCCGGCCGUCUAGGAGCCCCAAAGCAGUCCAUGAUAUGCUCAAAGCUCUCUUGUAGCACCACAUUUCAAAUGAGUUGAUAAAUGACAAAUGAGUUGAUAAAGCACUAUACACUUCUACACAAUAUCAUAAAAACAAAACACCUUUUAAAAAAUCUUUAAAACCAUUAAAAAAAACAAUUCCAACGCAGAUGCAGACUGGGACAAAACAGAGCUGAAACUGCGUCCCCCUGCAAAUGAACAUCCUACGCCUCAAGCCCUGGAAUCAUUCCCUCACUUCCUUGUAUACUGUUUCAAAUCCUUGCCCUCCCCUGAUCCUUCAGCAGGACCUAGAAUCUGUGGGGUGCUCUGUAAUGCAUCACUCAAAUUAACUCUGGUGACGACGACACUGGGGCCAGGUGUAUGUGUGGAGGGUGCCUGUUCUUCUAGCAAAAUUGCAAGGACAUUCUCCCACCCUGCGAAGCUGAAAACUGCACAAUUGGAUGAAUUAUAGCAAGUCUCCCCCCGGUAGGGUUGCCAGGUUCAUGGCCUGAGACUGAUCCUGUAACUUUAGGAGAAGAGAAAGUCAGCCAAGUGCAGGUGUUCUUGCAACACUGUAAUGGGAAAAACCACAAGGUGGAAUUCUCCCUUCCCCCUGCACAACUUUUAAAGAUACAAAAGACCUCUUGGUUGCCAGGCCACAUUUUUGUCAACUAAAAGAAUUUAAAUGGACAAAUCAGUUUACCGUGGUAGCCAUAAAAGAGUUGAAAAAUAGUUGAAAGUAGGACUCCUGGGGAAGAGUUGUGACUCUUCCUGGGGAAGAGUCACAAGCAGAGCAGCCAGAAGCCCUGGAGGAUGCAUUUCAAACCCUGCUCUCUUUUGUGCCUGGUUUCUCCAUUAUCACAAACCUACCUGGACCUUGAGAUCAGCCUCAGAUGCCUGCAAGAUCAGUCUCACUGGUGGGCACAAGAGAUCUUUUCCUACCUGCCCACCCACCCCAUCCCAUCCCGCACUCACAGCAGCUUUGCUCUCCACAUCCAGGGCGCUCGUGGCCUCAUCCAGCACCAAGACCUUUGCGUCGCGGAUCAGGGCCCGGGCAAUGGCCAGGCGCUGCUUCUGCCGGAUGGAGAGCUCCCCCCUCUUCUCCCCAAGUCUGCAGGGAGGCAGGAAAGAGAAAAAGAGGUGGAGAGAAGGAAAAACCACCAUCCUACAGCCUUGUUGCCAGAGCACUAGAGAUGAUGAGACCUUUUCAGUAGUGGCCCCAUGCUUGAGGAAUUCCAUUUCUAGGGAGAUACAUGCAGCUCCCUCCUCUACUGGCUUUUAAAUGGACCCUGACAUUAAAAGAAAAAGAACUGCUUCAAGUGCUCUGUAUUGUUUUAACUGCAGCUGUUCUAAUGUCAUCAUAUUUUUGGUUUAGGUCAUGGUUUCAUUAAUAACUGACGUACUAUGGUUUUGAUAUGAGUUGCCCUGGGAAAAUUUCACCCCGAAAGAAAGCAUAUAUGUCAACUAUGAGUAAAUAAUGUCAGGGAAACAGAGCUCCUGUGAGCAACAAGAAAAACCCUGUGUGGGUCAGGCCACAGGUUCCCCUAGUGGUCCUGUCCUUGUCACAGACUUCCUGAGGAAAGUCAUUACUAACAGCAAUUUCCAUGUUGAAAUUGGGGGGGGGGGGAUUCUGUUUUGCUCAAAUCAUGGUCAGGUUGGCCUAAGUCUGUGGAAGCCAUUUUCCAAAAUGGCCACUGAUGAUCCUUCUGCACCAACUAUGAACCAUGUCAAAGUCUUUUAAAAUUGGGCGUAUUUUAAUAAUAGCAAAGAAUAAAAUACAGUUUUAUCAUAA